CUAUCGAUUAUCGAUAAGAGUAUAUACAUAAACAAGAGUAAAGAUAAACAAAAUAAAUACAGUUUUUAGGAAUAAAUUAAAAAGAAGUGUAAAAGAAUGGCUUCCGACGGCGAGGAUAUUAAUGUAACACCUACGGAAUCUCUGGCGUCUGCCACGGACACCGAAGACGAGGAGACUGAGCCACAAUUGCAAUCCGAACCGGAUUCUGAUGCAGACGACUUGGAAGUGGAGGAGGUUCCACCAACCGCAGAGGAUGCGGAUAUGGAUGAAUUGUUCCGACAGUUAGAGGAUUACACGCCAACUAUUCCAGACGCCUUGACUAUGCACGCCCUGAAAACGGCUGGCUUUUCGACCGUGGACCCAAAAAUAGUUCGCCUGAUCUCCGUGUCCGCACAGAAAUUCAUAUCUGACAUUGCCAACGAUGCACUGCAGCACUGCAAGACGCGCACCACGAACAUCCAGCACUCCAGCGGCCACAGUUCUACCAAGGACAAGAAGAAUCCCAAGGACCGCAAGUACACUCUGGCUAUGGAGGACUUGGUUCCGGCGCUUGCCGAUCAUGGAAUCACCAUGCGCAAACCCCAAUAUUUCGUUUAAAUUUAGUUAUAUGCAGAAAACUUAGUAGCAAGUGAACCUUUUCAUCCAUUGCUAUCGAUUUACUUUAACUGUGCACAUUAAUAGAUCUAUUUUCUUUCAAGAUUUAAAAA